GUACUCUAUAAAUAUCCUCACAUCACACAGAGCAUCUAGUCCACACACAAUCCAUUAUUUUUUCUAACUAUUUCUUUCUACUACAACAAAAUCUAGCUAGUAACUCGACCAUUAGAUUGAAUCCACGAUGUCAUAUAUGGAAGGACCGCGGUCACCUUUGCAACCACCAACAUAUGGGAAUCUAAUCACUAUACUCAGCAUCGACGGAGGUGGAGUACGAGGAAUCAUACCGGGUGUGAUCCUUAAUUUUCUAGAAACUGAACUACAGAAGUUAGAUGGUGAGAAUGCAAGACUUGCAGACUAUUUUGAUGUGAUUGCUGGGACAAGCACUGGUGGUAUUGUGACGGCUAUGUUAACCACUCCUAAUGAAGAGGGUCGUCCAGUUUUUACGGCAAAGGACGUUGUAGAUUUUUAUGUUGAACAUUGUCCUAAAAUCUUUCCACAUGAAUCACACUAUAGAAGUUCUUCGGAUUUACAUAAGGAGCAUCGUCAUCGUCAUCUACUUGGAAAAGUGGUGGAUCCUAGCAAAAAAGCUAUCAAAGCUUUAUCAGGCCCAAAACAUGAUGGCAGACACCUACACCAUAUUCUUCAAGAAAAACUACAACAAAGACGACUCCAUGAAGCUGUAACGAAUGUCGUGAUUCCAACAUUUGACAUCAAAUAUCUACAGCCUGUGAUCUUCUCGAGUUACCAGUUGAAGACAAUCCCUAACCUUAAUGCCAAGUUCUCCGAUAUAUGCAUUGGAACGUCGGCGGCCCCAACCUUUCUUCCUUCUCAUUCAUUCCAAACCAAAGAUUCAGGAGGGAAGACCCUUAGAGAAUUCAAUCUUAUCGAUGGUGCAGUGGUCGCCAACAAUCCGACUUUGGUUGCAAUAAGUGAAAUAACAAAGGAAAUAACCACUGGAAGUCCUGACUUUUUCCCCAUUAGGCCAAUGGAAUUUGGUCGGUUAUUAGUAUUGUCAAUAGGCACAGGUUCUCAAAAAUUUCAAGAGAAGUAUGAUGCUACGAAGUCUUCUAGUUGGGGCGUUUUAGGGUGGUUGGCUGGUGGUGGCUCGACUCCAUUGGUUGAUGUUUUUACUCAAGCUAGUGGUGACAUGGUUGAUUACCAUGUCUCUACCGUCUUCCAAGCCCUCCAUUCAACAGAAAAUUAUCUUCGGAUUCAGGAUGACACUCUAAGUGGUGAGUUAGCUACCUUGGAUUUGGCAACCCAAGAAAACUUAGAGAAUCUUGUAAAAGUGGGUGAGGAGUUGUUGAAAAAACCAGUUACUAGUGUGAAUCUAGGCACGGGUAUAUGCGAGCCUUACCAUCAUACUACCAACGAGAUGGCUUUAAUAAAAUUAGCGACAAUUCUUCACAAUGAGAAGAAUGUUCGGGAACUAAGAUCGCCUAACACUAACCGAGGAGGCAUUAAUCAAGGAACGUUAAACGAAGAUCGAACUACACUUUCGCAACAUAUGCCAAAACUUUCGCAACAUAUGCCAAAACUUUCGCAGCCGAUUCAUCACUCCUUUCAAGAUUUACACAAACUUAAUAUGAACUGAGAUUUCCAUUUACAUACAACGAAGUUUUAUCAAUGCUAUCAAGCUUUAAAUUUGUCGAUAUUGUGUUUAUAGUAAAAUCUUUAUACAUUUGAACAAAAAAAUGUGUGAAUUACAUAUAUACUUAUCUUUACUCCUAGCAUUCUUUAUUGCUGAAUUUGAUACACUAGGGAUUAUAGGCAAUUCCAUUCCCAUACCCAAUAA